AUGGCGAAAAACUACCGCUCAAUGUUACUGCUAGUGUGCCUAUCGUUCUUAGUAAUCGUCUCGUCUCCACAAAAUGGCGCUCAAGCGGACAAAUUGAUCGGAAGCUGCGUCUGGGGCGCCACCAACUACACUUCGAACUGCAACGCCGAGUGCAAGAGACGCGGGUUCAAGGGCGGACACUGCGGGAGUUUCUGGAACGUCAACUGUUGGUGCGAGACAUAA